AUGCGAACAACUAUAGAAGAUCAAGAGCUUGCUACUGGAGCAACACAAAUGAUACUAGGCAACACCCCAGAUUUGGAAAAGUCGCACAAGAAUUGCUCUGAUCCAGCCAGGAAGGACUCAUGGUCUUGCUCAAGCCUGGGAUAUGGAGCUGCUGAAUGCAAUCUGUAUCCUUGUGCCAAGUCGUACAAAGCUGACGUAAAAGAUGGAAAUCUGGUAGAAUCGAUAACUUCCGAAUGGAAGUUGUAUCCAACGCCUAAUGGGGACCUUCUAAACGUCGUUAGACUUGACUGCCUGUCGAAGCAGGCAAUUGAGUCUCUGAUUGGCGCUGAUUAUCGUCUUGACCAGGAGAGUCAAUGGUUCAACUACAACGGACCCGUUAAACCCCAAAGCGGCCCUAUGGCGGCCACAAACGAUGCUUUAGGCAACAGUCUGGCUAAUAUUGUGUCCAGUCUUAUGAUACCUUUUCUCACCGGGCUGGUAAUCAACAGAACAACCACAUUUGACAACCCUAGCGUGCUGCAGGCUUUCUACAACGAUGGCAAUAUCAGUCUGAGCAGAGUUGAUGCGAUGUUCAAGAACCUGUCUCUUUCGAUGACAGUAUACAUACGCCAACACAGCGACCCGACUUUCAGUGCUCAGGCUGUUGGCCAGGUCUUGAUUCAAGAAACAUGUGUCAAUGUUCGUUGGCCAUGGUUGACCUUCCCGGCUGUUCUAGUCUGUCUUACAGUUCUCUUCUUCUUCGCGAUGGUCUAUGAGACACGUACAGGCAGCCAAGCAAACCAUGGUUGGAAAUCGUCGCCACUGCCGCUGUUGUUUCAUGGGAUGGAUUCAGAGACGCAAGAGCGCCAUAGCUAUGGUGACGUGUACCAAAUUAAGGAUAUGAAAGCCAAUGCCGGCGAGCUGCAUAUGAGGCUGGAUGCGACCGAGAAGGGCUUGAAAUUUACAGAAGUAGAAAUCGAUCACCCAGAAAACUCGAGGGCUGGCUCACUGGAGGCGCCCCUUCAGGUCUAA